UUCUAUUUUUAAAAUUUGAAUAUUUAAAAAUAGAAAAUAUUUAUAUCUAUCAAUUCCGUCUCUUUUUUUAAAUUUAAUAUGUUUUAUUUUCGAUCGGCAAAGUGAGCUAUUUACAAUGAUAAUGAUUAUAGAAACAAUAAAGAAUAUCAUUCGUAUAAUACAACGUGCGCCUAUCGCGGAAGAAAUAUAUUUAUCAUAGCGAUAUUGCACAAGACCUACUUGUUUUACAGUUGCGCAAAUUCUCAACUUCGUGCGCAAAAUGAAGGCCAAUUUACACAUAUCCAUAACGUGUUAGUGCCAUAUCCGCUCGGUUCGUGAUUUUCCGUUAGUGAUACAUAUUCCUUUAUUUUUAAAUGGACGUGUUCACACAUCCGGCAGUGCCGUGACCGGCCCGUUUAGUCUCAAUUCAAUAUUAACACGUUUUGGAUAUGUGCAAAUUGAUCUUAAUAAUCAAAAUAAUGUCAACGUUCCCACUGACGUCGACUUAUCAUCGAGAACAGAGGGGAGUAGCCGAUGAAACGGUGCGACGAAGCAGGGAGAGGAAACGGCAAUCGAAUAAAAGGAGGAGGAAGUACAAUUUCGCGCAUUCACUACGAUUCUGAAUUACUUUCGACGGUAUAAUAUCGGAGUCGUUGGCGGAUAAUCGACUUGAACGUUAGGGGAACACUGUCCACAAGAGCCGACGAUGUCUGCGAUGGGUAAGGUGAGUAUUUACGCGCGAUUUAAUCUUCUCUUGGCGCAAGUAGAUAGGCAGCCGAUUAAACAAAUGCCGAGAGAGCGAGCGAAAGAGAAAAGAAAAAAAAAGGAACACUGCGUGCCGAUGGUCGUGUAUUAUUAUUUCACCGCACGUCUCUCAAAUGGACACAAAUGGACACGCCGGCGAAUCUUUAGGAUAGACGUGUAAUCGCCAUUGGAAUCCCAGGAGGAGGAGUCGCAGUCGUGCGAAAAUGAAAUAUGAACCCUACGUUUGUCCGCAACAAUCGUCGCGACGAUAGACACGAGUCAAUGAAUGUCGCGAGAUCGCAAGAAAUCGAACACCGCGUAUAUUAUGUAUAUUUGGUUUCGAAUCCCGCUCAAGGUAACCCAAAGACGUGGAAGUCUCCCCAACCACCAGUACUUUACUCCUUUUGGCAGAGUUCCUGUUCUUGGAGAGUAAGAAUUGCGUUGCAUCUGAAAGAGAUACCAUAUGACAUAAAGUCUGUUAGUCUGGUGAAAAAUGGUGGAGAACAACAUUCCAGUGAAUUUUGCAAGAUUAAUCCAAUGGAGCGAGUCCCUGCGCUCCAUAUCGACAAUCAUACUCUGAUAGAGUCUCUAAAUAUUCUACAAUACUUGGAGGAGACUAGGCCAAAUCGCCCAUUGAUGCCAGCAGAUCCUGUCAAGAGAGCUAGAGUGAGGGAGAUUUGCGAAGUAAUUGCUAGUGGUAUACAGCCGUUGCAAAAUAUUGGUGUACUAUUCUAUGUCGGAGAGGAACGUAAAUUGGAAUGGGCACAGCAUUGGAUCACUAAAGGGUUUACAGCUGUGGAAAAGUUGUUAUCGUCGAGUGCGGGCAAAUACUGUGUUGACGACGAGAUUACACUGGCAGAUUGUUGUCUAAUGCCACAAAUAUACAACGCACGAAGAUAUCAUGUUGAUUUGAGACCUUUUCCUACGAUUUUAAGAGUGGCCCGUCAUUUGGAACAACAUCCGGCCUUUAUUGCGACUCACCCCAACACUCAGCCCGACUGUCCGUCUGAAGCGAUCAAAUAGCAAGUGAGGCAGACCACCUUUUUCCUCUUCUAAUUUUUUAGAAAGGUGAAAAGACGUGGUGUAACAUUAGGCUUGUUCUUUGUCGCGGCACUGCUGUACUGGUGCAAUAAGUUAGAAUGGGAAAAAGUAUUUCUGUCUUAUUCUAGCUUAUUGCACCAGUGCAGCAGUGCAGCGACAAAGAACAGGCCUAUUAUGUAGUAUCGUAGUGAUAAAAGGUAAACGAAUUUUGUCGCAUUUUUCCACAAUUUGCAUGCGUUUAAGUUUACAGCGAUUAAACAUUUAGUUCUUACAUCGUAAAUAAAAAUAGUAUUAAAAAGGAUAGGCAUUUCUAAAUUAAGUAAGUCGAAUUUAUUGAUUGAAGGUCUUCUUAAUUAUACGAAUGGGUUCAAUCAUUGAAUGUAUACGUAGGAAAUUUUUAUUUUUACACUUUUAGCUGAUAAAUUCCAUCAGUUUAACAACAGCAUAUAUUUCAAGAAAUUUAUCGACUUGAAUACAAUUUUACUUUUUAUCAUCUACAUAUUAGUUUGAAAUGACUAGCGGCGACACAAAUCAAAUAUGUCGAAUAGUGAUCUUGAUUUGAACAUCCUGUUAUAAAUUCCCACGUACCAGCAAAGAUUUCAGGGCAUUUAUUAAAAUUCAUUAGCGACAUUAUUUUUCUUUAUGCUACAUACUAUAAGCAACUAUAAGAUAUUCGUGAGAAGACGAGCGUGAAAUUGUUUAAACGAGACAGAGUUGUACAUAAUAGCGCCUGGAAUAUGUUAAUUUUGUGAAAUAGUACGGGGUGCGCGGAUAUUUUGUAAGCGAGAAAGUAAAUAAAAAGGAAAAAUGAUCGCGCUAUGUAUGUUCACACCGCUUAUAGCGAAUAAAAACAUCUGUAUCAAUAGUAUGUAUUGAAGUACUUGGUAGUAGAAUGUUGCGAAUGAGAAAAAAAAAAUCAAAACAGUAAGUGCAUUCGUAAUUCUACAUUUAUUACUCGAAUAAAGAGUUACGUUUUGUCCGUAGUAGCAUUUUUUUAUUGCAAGCAAACUGUGUAACGACAUCCUGCAAAUACAUGAAGACCAAUGACUCGACGUUUCUUCUAACGAAACUGCGCUUCACGAGUAUUUUUUUGUACAGGCUUUGCACUCUUUCAACUUGGUCUAUUUCUAAAUUUUUUAAUAUUUAAAUAUUUAUCAAUUCCUUCUCUUUUAACUUUAAUUGUUUAAUCUAUUAAUUACGUAAUUAUUGGAGUAUAAGCGCGAAUAAAAAAAUACUUUUUAUAUAUUAUAUUGUACAAAAUUUUUAUCUAUCUUUAAACUCCUAUUAUUCUAUAAGAUAGUGUUAUUGACGUUUGAUCUUAUGAUAGUCAAUCAUAUGACUUUUAAAUUUAAUGUGUUACAAAAUGAGAAGAAUUAAUGAAAGCCACUGAAAAUAAAAACAGGACUUACCGAUGACAACUGCAAUCGAACGCAGCAAUGCUUCGUCUUUCCGCUGUUUUGGAAGUUCUCUUUCUGAUAUGAAAAAGAAUUCGAUAAUCGAAAGUGGCGAAGGUAAAAAAAAAUGUAACUUUCACGAUUCAUGAUUUUAACGUAAAUCGCUUAGAUACACGCGCAACAGCUCGAAAUAAAUUGUCGAGGCUGAUUUAAUUAUCCGUAUAAAAAUAACUUUUUAUUUGUUACUUCUUCACUUUACAUUACAUGUCGUUCUCUUUUUAUCAAAAGCUCGAUAAUAAGAUCGUUCGAAAUAGACUGUAUAACUAACUCGAUCGUCAGUACUCUACUCGCUAAUAUAUUAUCUUCGAAAAAGUAUAUAUUUCCUCUGCCUUAUUUACAGAUAAUUUGUUGUGAAAAGAAAUACAAUUCUUCGUUUCUUUUCGUUUCUCUUUUUUUACUGACUAGUUAGAAUAGCAUUUCUCAUACGCUCGAAAUUAUACGCCUAUGGGAAUGUGUAACAAGGAAAA